AUGUGUGGAUACGCAAUGGCACCAAUGGCAACUGAUUUGAGUUGUCUUUUUGCCACAACGAUCGGUACAGGAUUAUGCGUGUCAUCAGCCAACACAGUUAAUCAGUUAAUGGAAGCACCAUAUGAUGCUUUGAUGUCCAGAACCAAGGGCAGAGUUCUAGUUAGAAGAUUGAUUUCACCAUUUCAUGCUAUAACAUUCGGUACAAUAACAGGUUUAACCGGCGUAGGAAUUUUAUAUUUUAUGGUGAAUCCAUUGACAGCAGCAUUAGGCGCAACUAAUAUUUUUAUAUAUACAAGUGUUUACACACCAUGCAAAAGGUUAUCAAUAACCAAUACCUGGGUAGGUUCCAUAGUAGGUGCUAUACCACCUAUGAUGGGUUGGACUGCAUGUACCGACAGUUUAGAUUUUGGUGCACUUUUACUGGGCUCAAUACUUUUUGCUUGGCAAUUUCCACAUUUCAAUUCACUGGCAUGGAAUAUGAGAUUUGAUUAUGCCAAAGCUGAUUAUAAAAUGAUGGUGAUAAACAAUCCAAAAUUGAAUAGUAGAGUCUCGCUGAGAUAUAGCAUCUUGUUGUUUCCAUUGAGCUAUAUGUUCUCAUAUAUCGGACUAACUACUUGGUGGUUUGCUUUAGAUUCAACUUUAAUAAAUUCCUUAUUACUUUCAGCAUCCUAUAAAUUUUGGAGAAACUCAAAUGAUAAAACUGCAAGAGACUUGUUUUUUAAAAGUUUGGUACAUCUGCCUGUAUUGUUAGCUUUGAUGAUGGCUCAUAAAAAAGAUUGGAGAAGUGCUAAUGAAGAAGAAUUGAAAAAAGAGAUUGAGAAAGCUUUAAUGGAAUUAGAAGAAACACAAAAAAAUAAAGAAUGA